GCAGCCAUGAACGGGACGGAAGGCCAAGACUUCUACGUGCCCAUGUCCAACAAGACCGGGGUGGUGCGGAGCCCCUUCGAGUACCCCCAGUACUACCUGGCUGAGCCGUGGAAGUUCUCGGCGCUGGCUGCCUACAUGUUCAUGCUGAUCCUGCUCGGCUUCCCCGUCAACUUCCUCACGCUGUACGUCACCAUCCAGCACAAGAAACUCCGAACGCCUCUAAACUACAUUCUCCUGAACCUGGCGGUCGCCGACCUCUUCAUGGUCUUUGGAGGCUUCACGACCACCAUGUACACCUCGAUGAACGGGUACUUUGUCUUCGGAGUAACGGGGUGCUACAUCGAGGGCUUCUUUGCUACGCUGGGCGGUGAAAUCGCUCUCUGGUCACUCGUCGUCCUGGCUGUGGAACGGUACGUGGUGGUCUGUAAGCCCAUGAGCAACUUCCGCUUUGGAGAGAACCACGCCAUCAUGGGGGUCGCGUUCUCCUGGAUCAUGGCCAUGGCCUGCGCAGCUCCCCCGCUGUUCGGCUGGUCACGGUACAUCCCCGAGGGCAUGCAGUGCUCGUGUGGGAUCGACUACUACACGCUGAAGCCAGAGAUCAACAAUGAAUCCUUUGUCAUCUACAUGUUCGUGGUCCAUUUCAUGAUCCCACUGGCCGUCAUCUUCUUCUGCUAUGGGAAUCUGGUCUGCACUGUGAAGGAGGCUGCCGCCCAGCAGCAGGAGUCUGCCACCACCCAGAAGGCAGAGAAGGAAGUGACCCGCAUGGUGAUCAUCAUGGUCAUCGCCUUCCUCAUAUGCUGGGUUCCCUACGCCAGCGUCGCUUUCUACAUCUUCACUAACCAGGGCUCAGACUUCGGGCCCAUCUUCAUGACCAUCCCGGCAUUCUUUGCCAAGAGCUCUGCCAUCUACAAUCCUGUGAUCUACAUUGUAAUGAACAAACAGUUCCGUAACUGCAUGAUCACAACCCUCUGCUGCGGCAAGAACCCGCUGGGCGAUGAGGACACAUCUGCUGGAAAGACAGAGACCUCCUCCGUCUCCACCAGCCAGGUGUCCCCUGCAUAGGUCCCAACGCACCAACAUUGCCCACUGCCAGCGCCUGCCCGCUUCAGCACAGCCCUGCGGGGCGGGCUGCUCUCCCAACCAUAGGAACCCUGGGAACAAGGCUGUGAAAAUGUACACGUUUUAUAAUUAAAAUGCAAAAGCUUAGCUCCUCCACUGGCAUAACUCCGUGCUUCUCUCUCUGUUGAUUCACUGAGAGCUCACACCUGUUGCACCAUGCAGGCCCUGCAAAGCCCGGGCACGGCGGAGCCACUGCCACCUCCCUCACCCCAACCUGAGGGCCUCAGUGGGGCAGAGGCUGAGCCCCUCCCGGCUCCACUGCUGCAGACAGAGCCUGCAGCCAACCAGGGCAGGGCCAGGGCAGGGGGCUGUGCUGGGGCAGGCUGAGCACCGCCGGAUACCCACUGCUCAGAGCUCCGUGCCCAGCCCUGCCCAGCACCUCAGAAGGACACCGCAGCAGCUCUGGGAUGAUGGGUGGCUUUUGGCACACACGUGCCCCCCGUGCGGCAGAGGUGAGGGUGCAGAUCCCACCUCUGAGCAGGUGGCACAGCGUGGUGCAGCUGUGUCCCGCUACGGCUGGGCGUGCUUGGAUGCUCCUGGUGUUGGCUCCUUGGCAGCCCCACUCACUGCCCCCCGGCAGGACGCAGCCCUUCCCUCCCAGCCAUCCACAGACCCUCCCUGUCAGCUGCGGCCCAGCUCAGCGUCAGCCCACAUAGGAGGCUUUGGCUGGUGCUCGUGCUUUUGAGGACGGAUUGGUGCAUUGCUGAGCUUCCUCUGUGUUAGAGAAGGCAAGACAUGGGAGCAUAUGGUGCAGAGACACCGGCAUAUGUUCCAGGCACUACAAGAUGGCAUAUUGCAAUUGUAGCAGUGUUAUUCAUUUUUAUUUUUAGCUCAGUUAUACAAAUAAGAUGUUUUUCUUGCUGUUCAGCGUUAUCAACAUUUGAAACUAUUUUUGUACAUU